GGCGUACUAACGUAAGGAAGCCCAUGCGGGUACACGGAUAGAGUCUUGACCCAUUUUUUGCUGUCAUGUAAGAGAAGAAAAAAUCUCGCGUCACGUCGUAGCUCUUAUUGAGGAACCAUGAGGGUGCUUUAGGUCUAUGAUCUUUGCUUCAUAUCUACCACAGGGAAGUGCCCCCAUUGUUGAAAUAGGAACUGAAACCCGUAGGCCGCUUUUUUUUUGGUUUCGUUGUUGUUGGAUAGCUAAGAAUUUGAUGAUGGCUCUACCUGGGUGCUGCAGCAUCCGGCGCGAAUCCCUUCUCCAUCAGCAGCUGGACUGGCACCAAGAACGUGCCAUGGAGAGGCUGUUGCGGGCCUUCGUUUCGACGUGCAUGCAACAGCAGCACGUCGACUUUCGACGGACAGAAGCCGUCGCCGCUCUUCCUGGUAGUGCGUUAGGAUGGUUGAUAUUUCUAAUAGAAGGCACCAUAGGCAUGCUGUAGAGUUUUUAGUAGUCAGGGGUGCUAUCAGUAGGGUCCAGAGUUGUACUAUCAUUUUCUGUGAUUGCGAUUCAUUGAAGGCCAGCGCCUCCCUGGUUUGUAGACUUAUCCUGAUUCAUUAGCUAGGCUGUAAAGAAAUACCUGACAAGACUCACGUAGAGACCAACAGAAACGCUCUGGCGGUUCUUCUUGAACUUCAUCACCCGCUCUUGACAUCGCAGGUAACUCCCUUUCGGCCCUCGAAGAUAUCCAUCGACAACGUCGAAACCUUGUUGGGCAAGCUGAUAUGAGUACGGUGUUGCUUUUAGUGCUGCCAUUACCUGCUGCCGGAGACGUGCUUCAACGUGUUGGUUGGCGCAUGUUGCUGAAAAUUCUGGGACAGAAGAAGGCGAAAUUGUGGCGCCGUUUUUCCAGUAUUCGAGUAGAUGGCUGA